GCAAAUAUAAUGGCUGCGCAAGAUAUGGAAGAAAAAAGAGAAGCAAAUCUAGUAAGGAACUGCAAAACGGCAGAGAGAAACUGAAUUAUUUAUUACAGAUAAUGUUUUCUUGUUCUUUUUACCAAACCACCCAAGCAGUCACACUUGUUUGUUGGUGAUUAUAAAAUCAGAUGCUCACAAUUCAAAUUUCAAAAGUAACUCAUAAGGAGGUGUGAAAUAUCCCAUACACAAUCAUAUGAAUUUCAUAUUAUUUCCACCAUAGCUUUCCUGCUCUGUAGCUUUGCUGUUCAUUUUCAUCAUCUUUUUAGUUUCUUUUGUUUUCCUCUGAAGAAAUUUUUAUUUUUUAUUUUUUUUAUUUUUCUUUCGUUAGAUUCUUCUGAACUAGAAGUAAAAGAAGAGGAGAAGAAAAUCAUACCCGUAUCAUCUACGGAAGAUUCUUUUGGUGGAAUAAGUAUUUUAUAAAGUUAGUAAAAAAAAAAAAAAAAAAAGUUUUCAUUGCUCUUAUUUACCUUUCUUUGUCAAGGUCAGACUUCUUGGGACCAAAAGUAAAAUGCAUGGAGACCCAUCAAUUUGAAGAUUUCUAGGGACAAAAGGCAGGAAUGUCUUAUAGCAGCUCUAUUUCCAUGCCAAUGGUUCCUUUGGGCGUUUGGCUUCUCCAUAAAUUCUACGUCACUUAAAGCAUCCUUUUCCUAACAUAUUCAGAUACCCUUUUGGAAUCUGGGAAAGUUGUAGCUUUUGAAGGUUCUCAAUCCUAGGGAAGGAAUCAGAUAUGGAACAUUCAUAUGGUUUUUACAGGCAGAGCAGUGGGCUUUGGAGGUCUUUGAGAGAUGGAGACUUUGAGGAAGAAGACGUUUGGGCUGUUCUCAAAGACAGAACAGAUCCUAGUAUCAAAAUUGGUAGAUCCAAAGAAUCCUCUGUGUCUGUUCCAACACAUGUCCCGACUGCUGAAAGAAUGAUCCCAAGAGCUGACAAAGGAAGUUGUGCUGGUAGUAGUAGUGGCGGUGGUGGUGGAAAUUCCACUCAUGAAUCAAGAAUUUUUCAGCAAUCAGCACCAGUGAACAUUCCUGACUGGUCAAAUAUUUACAGAAAGAAGCCAAAUAAGGCCUCCAAGAAUGGUUCAUUGCAAAAUGAUGAUGAAGAUUAUGGUGGGUUUGUGAAUGAUCGUAGAGAGAGUGAUGAUGAAGAUGAUUGUUAUUACGAUGAUGAUGAUGAUGAUGGGUAUGAUGAGAAAGUGCCACCACAUGAAUUCAUUGCCAGGAGGCUUGCUAGGAGUCAGAUUUCUUCCUUUUCUGUUUUUGAAGGUGUUGGUAGGACACUGAAAGGAAGGGACCUUAGCAAAGUGAGGAAUGCUGUUUUAACAAAAACUGGAUUCCUUGAAUCGCUAUGAAAGUGUCUGCAAUGGAAUUGUUGUAAGUAGUUUUCAUUUUAAUGCAUGUAUAGGGGGUUCAAUUUGUAUGGGUUGUUUAGGUUUCAGAGAUAAGCUUGUGGUCAUUGUUUUGGGCUGUGAAAGACCCAUUUUAGUGUAGAUCCAAUUUAGUGUCUAGGGAAUGGAAGUAAAAGAGAAAAAGAAAAGAUUGAACUCCAUUUCCAUUAUUGGUUUGGUUGCAUUGAUGUUUUGAUUGGGUUUGAUUGCCCUCAUGAUAAACAUUUGGAGAAUGUUCUUCUA